UCCUGUCAUUCUCAACGCGCAUUCAAGCUUGAUGGUGAAUUGAACCGCUUUGUCUUGUUUGUGCGUGCGAUCUCGAAUCGCGGUUGAUAAAACCGAGCCGGGCCGAACCAGACCGGACGCACCGCUUGAUAUCAACCGUCAGACUGCUCGCGCCGAUCGGACCUUUUGUGCCGGCGGUAAUCAGUUCUCCCUGCGCCACUAUGAACUUAGACGGCAACAGCUCCCAUCGGGCCCCCUCCUUCGAUACGGACCAAUUCGAUUUCGGCCUCGGUGGCUCCACCCGCAGCUCCGCGUCCCGCCCCCUCAAGGACCAGAAAUCCAGCCCCUAUGCAACCCCAGGCACCGCCUCCAGGCCCACCGCCCCCGCCUGGUCGCACCAGCCGUCCCGGCCCUCGUGGACCCCCGCCGCCCCCGCCGCCCCCUCCGUAAUAACUGGCGCUGCUAGAUCUGGCAACCUCGCAAACGCUCCCGUUUCCAUGGUCGGUGAUAUCUUCGGCAAGACAUGGGCAUCCGCCGCUCCUCCUCGUUCCGCCUCCUCUGGUAUCGGGAUUCCGAAAUCGGACCCAAAUCUCUUCGGCGAUCUCGUCGGAUCCGCCCUUGGCCAGGGCCGCAGCGGAUCUAGCAACGUCCCCUUGAAGUCCGCUGCGCCAAGGAACGCCUUCUCCAUGGGUAAUUUAUCUGAUUCACUCCCUCGAUCGACCACCACGACCGCGGCUUCCACGGCGAAUAGUAUCCCUAUGAGACCUAGCAGCUGGGGAUCUGCGGAUCUUCUUGGAAAUUCCUCAGCUUUUGCUCAGCCUGAUCCUAAGAUCAGGACAGCUAUGGGAGGUGGUGGGCAGCCGAUGGGAUCGGCAACUGGGGUGCGGCCGGUGACUGCUAAAAGUGAUCCUUUUGAUUCGUUGAUUGGCUUUGGAUCAAAGCCCUCUACGAAGGCACCAAUGUCAUCGGUAAACUCAUCCAAUGUGAGCAGUGGCAACGCUGUUGCUGAUGAUUUCCCUUUUGGCGCGUUCCAGAAUAUCAAUUCGACGAAAAACGCACAUAUUAUGACGCAAGGUCAGAGCUUUUCAGCUCCACCACCACCACCACAGCCAACUGCCUCCCCUAAAAAUGGCACAGAUCCGUUGGAUAUGUUCUUCUCUUCACCUGCCCCUGCUGCUGGAGUUGCUCCAGAGUCAUCAGCGAGUCAGCAAUUCUCUGAAAUAAAUGACUGGGACUUGGGUUCUGAGUUUGGAGGGCAUGAAACCUGUGGGCCGACAACUGAGCUUGAAGGGCUGCCACCGCCACCGGCAGGCAUCACUGCACCUGCAGCAAUGACUAAGGGAUUAGACAAUUAUAAGCAGGGGCAGUUUGCAGAUGCUAUCAAGUGGCUUUCGUGGGCAGUGGUGCUAUCGGAGAAGUCUGGGGAUAAUGAUUCGCUGAGUGAGGUCUUGUCUUGUAGAGCCUCAUGCUAUAAAGAAGUUGGUGAGUAUAAGAAGGCUGUGACUGACUGUUCAAAGGUGUUAGAUAAAGACACCACAAAUGUCCCAUUGCUAGUGCAACGUGCUCUUCUGUAUGAGAGUAUGGAGAAGUACAAACUUGGCGCUGAAGAUCUGAGGAUGGUUCUGAAAAUCGAUCCCGGUAACAGGCUUGCUAGAAGUACAAUCCACCGUUUAAAUAAAUUUGCUGAUUAGAGAUCAAUUUGGAGCUUUUGCCCUCCUUCCUGUAUUAUUACUGAAGUUAUGAAUGUAUAUGAAGCUGUAAGGUUUUUAUUUACUUUUCAAUUGACAACAUUAGAUUGAAAUAAUUACAUCUUUGUUUCUUGAGAAAAGGUUUAUUCUCAAUAAACAUCUUGGAACUUUUAACA